AUGCCCGCCGUGAAGAAAGAGGCUCCCAAGGCAGAGGCCCCCGCGCCGCGGACGGGCAUCAUCGCCGGCUUCAACAAGGGCCACAAGACCACCCGCCGCGCCCGCGCCCCGUCCUCGAACGACCGCUACGCCCUUCCGCACAAGAAGCUGCGCGCGGUGAAGGCGAUCAUCACGGACCUCGUCGGCCUCUCGCCCAUGGAGAAGCGCGUGCAGGAGCUGCUGCGCGUCGGCAAGGACAAGCGUGCCCUCAAGUUCUGCAAGAAGCGCCUUGGCAACUUCAAGGCCGCCAAGAAGCGGCGCGCCAAGAUGGAGGAGGCCCUCCGUCACCAGACGAAGAAGAAGUAG